AUGGACGAAAUCCGUAAAGAAUUAACCAGCCUCAAAUGUAUCGUUUGCCAAAGAUACCUUUCUGUUCCUCCAAUAUACUACACACCUUCUGGUGAUUAUCGUUGUGGACGAUGUUCCUUUGUCAAGGAGAAUUUAAGCUUCAGAGCAGAACUGUAUGAGAAGAUGGCACAAUGUGUGAAUUUUCCUUGUAUUUACCAAGACUGUGAAGCUGAAACACCUUGGAAAGAUGUUCCUGAUCAUGAAACAAUUUGCCCCAAACAAAUGAUCCACUGUCCUUUUGCAUGUGAUGCUGAAGUUGAUGUAAAAGGUCUUGUACAUCAUUUCAAUUUGGUACAUGAAAGUCUCAAACUCACCAAAAGAAAUUUAGCCAAAGAGAGUGUGUUGAAGGAGGGUGAAAAGGUAAAGCUGUUCUAUAUUGUAAGUGAAGGAGAACCAUUUGUGGUUAUGUUCUUACCUGGUAAUGGUGAGUUCAAAUUUGGAAGUACUGGCACAAAAACAUCAAAUGCAAAUAAUGCAGUUCCAGCAACUACAACUUUAUCCUUUAAAGACCAACUAAUAUCAAACAUGGAAAGGAUAGGUGCUCAAAGUGCUUCAACUGCAAAUACAGCACCUUCAUCAGUUAAAAACUCAUUAGCUUCUGUGCCAAUCAAUCCAUCUUAUGUACCAGGUCCCACAUUUGGAAAUAAUCUAUUUUCUGGGGCAGGUCCAGUUAGAAAUAAGACAGUUCAACCUACUUCAGCCUUUGGAAAUAAAUCAUCUGCUGCAACAUCCAUUUUUGGAACAAAUCAACCAACAACUACUCCAAGAUUUGUUAAUCUAACACCCCCAUCUCCAGUUUUUUCAAAUACCUCAUCUACAGAAUCAACAAAUUCUGCCCAACCAACCAGUUCCAGUUGCCUUAACCAGGCACCUUCAACACCCAAACAAAGUGGAUUGAGUGUCUUCUCAUUAUUCCCAAGCAAACCUUAUACUUCAUACACUUUAACUUUCACUUCAGAUUGUUGGAAAGUAGACAUCAGAGAUCAAAGAGUGGAACCUUUCAUAACUAAAGAGCACUGCAGAAAGUGCUGGUUCCAGACCUGUAAAAAUGAGUUGCACAAACCUUAUUCCAUUCAGGUGGAUCUCAAUGAAUUUGUGAUCACAAAGUUCAAAUCAGGCACAUUGUCCAGGCUAUUCCAAACAAACAAUGUCACAUUUAACAUAACUGUUCACAAUAAACCUACAGUAGAUGAAAAGGAGAAGGGUCCCUAUGUGGAACUUUCCAGAAAUGUACAGAGAGCCUUGGAAUGUCCCAUUUGCACCAACAUAAUGGUUCCUCCUAUUUUUGUUUGUGCCACAGGACAUACAAUUUGCACCAUAUGUAAAUCAUUGUUGACAGAGUGUCCCACUUGCAAAGCUGCUUAUACUGGUACAAGAAGCUUUGCAUUGGAAGAGUUGUAUGAAAACAGUAGGCUCAUGUGCUCUUCAUCUAAUGAGAACAAUGUUUGUGAUUUUACUGGUGAUGUGGAUGAAAUUAGUAAGCAUGACAAAUGCCAUGAAACUCAAGACUAA